GACAAGAUGGCGGACGGCUUGAAAGAAAGUGACUCAAUCAAGUUAAAACCAAGAGAAAAUAAGCAAUCGAAAAAGACAAGUGAGUGAGAUCUUCUGCUAAUCAAAGUGGUAUGCUUGUUUGCUUAUGCGAGUUACAAUUACCUUUUUUUUUAAUCUUCAGAAGCAUCUGCUCGGGCUAAAAAAGAUGAAAAUCAAAGGUGAGAUUCUCUUUUCGAAUCGUCUCAGGAGUUUACUUAUUUGUAGCUUUUCAUAUUUGCACAUUGUAUACUGGUGAGUUCCACUUUUCAAUUUAAAUGAAUACUCUUAUCUUAAUUACUAUUCUCUCUGGUUUGAAUUUCAGGUUAAAAGAGAUUGAAACCUCCAUUCGCUCUCAAGUCGCCGCAGAAAAGCGAGCCCAUGACGUAGUGGAGAGGCUAGUUCUAGAAGAUUUCAUCUCGGAAGACUUCCUCAUCAACUCGGUAAACAGACUCUGUUAGAUUGUGUUCGACCUCGAAUCCAGAAAAGGAACAACGUCAAGAUAAAGUUUUGAGAAAGUAAUAUGUUUUCUCUUAAUUCUGCAGGGAAACUUGAUCACAACAAGCCAUUAUGCAGAUAUAGUAGAAGAGAGGAUGUUAUCCAAAAAGUGCGGUUACCCUUUAUGUAGAAAUCCUUUGAACCAGGUUGGUAAGUCAGUUGCUGUUAGUCCAGUCUAAAGUAUGUGGCAGAUGCUUGCAAAUGCCCCUUUUAAAUUGCUCAUUGUGCAUGACAGAAUCACAGCAUUGGCAAAGUAGCUGCUAUACAAAGAGGGUCACAUAAUAGUUCUGGACAGAUAGCUCAUACAGCUGAAAAUGGCUCUGCACUCACCAGAUCUAACCAAGUUCUGCUUUACUCUGCCAAAUGGCCCCCUACUAAAAAAUCUAUUAGAUAUUGUUCAAAAAUUAGGAAAUGAAGAUGCAUCUUGGAGCCAAAAUAUCCAAAUAAAUGCCUAGACCCAAUGGAUAUACUUGUAUGACAAUAUCAGGGAUGCUUAUGCUGAAGUCUUUCCUUGGUUAAAAAUUGUUCAAACCAGUUUGUAUUUUGUAGUUAUUUUAUUCCUUACCAUAGUUUGAAACCAAGAAAAUUAAAACUCAAACUGGUGUGGAAAAAAUUGAUAUCAGGCAGUUGAAGGAAAGGUAGCAUAUACAGCAUGCUUACAUAAUUUGUUCAAUUUUCCAGAUUCCAGCACAAAAAUACAAGAUCUUUUUAAAAACAAAUCGAGUUUAUGAUAUCACAGAAAGAAAGGUAAGCUAUUCUCCUUCUUGUUAUUUCAGUAUUGUUGUUAUUGAUUAUAAUAAUAAGGAUAAUAAUAACAUCAAUUUAUUUAGUACUAUUCUGCUAAUCUUCCAUAGUGCUUUACAAUCAUUAAUGCUAUCUUAACUAAGGUAAAAACUAUAAUCUAAAAAAACAAGAUAAAUUUACAAAGCUAAAAAAAUAAUAUAAAAAUAUUUUAUUAAAGAUAGAUCUUUAAAUUCUUCUUAAAAAUAGCUAUAAAAUGGAGAUUUUUUAAUGCUAAGAGACAAUUCAUUCCUUAACCCUGGUGCUUCUGUGCUGAACACCCUCUCUUCAUAAGUAAUUAGUUUUGUCUGUGGCACAGUGAGCAGUUCUUUGUUACAAGAACAUAAAGACCUAAAGAUACUUCAGUGGCUCAGCAUUAGUAGCUCAGUGAAUAAGAAGCGGUGAAUUGAUCACAAUAGAUUGACAACAAGUCACUUUUAUGAUCAACUUUACUACAAUGUACAAUGUUAUUUUUUUAACCUUUUUUAUUUUACAUUAUUUGUCUGUUUUUUUCAUAUUUGGGCAUUAUCGAGGUUGCAUAUUGUUGUCCAAAAAGCAUAUCUGUUAGUAGGAUAUUAAGAUUCAACCAAAAUUAAAUGAAGAAAUAGGUUUUUUAUUGAUUUAACAACAUGCCCUUAACAGUUCUAAAUGUCAUUAAAUUUAGCAUUUGUUUGUGUUACAGUGUUUUUGCUGCAACUUGUGUUAUAAAGCAUCAAAAUAUUUCGAGUCACAAAUCUCAGAUUCUCCAGUGUGGACACGGAUUGGUGAAAGGUACUGUCACUCUGCCAUAAUUUCUUUGUUAAUCAUUUUGUACAAAAUUCAAAAUUCUUAACCCUUAAACUCCCAUGAGUGACCAAUAAUUUUUCAUAUCGAUAUCUAUACAAUAUCAAGCAGAAGACUGAUGAGAAUAAAGAAAAAUAUAAAUUAUUGAAAAGUUUUUUGUCAGAACUAGCAUCAAAAGAAUUGUGUGGUAGAUAGUAAAGAAUUAGUAAUAAGAUUCUGGAAGUGAAAAGGUUGACAAUACUAUGGUUUGCACAUCAGAGUAUGAAAAGUAUGCAUUUGUUUGAAUAAAAUUUUUGGGAAAUAAAUGCAGAAUAAAUUCACAUUUUGGGGCAAAGAAGAAUUUAAAAAGUAUUUUUAAUUUUAAAAGAAUUUAAACAUACCCCUCAUUCUUCAAGGGUAUGUUUGGUAUGGAAUACAUCUCAGUGUUGUUUCACUCAUCUGGUAACAAUUUUUCUUACUUGUGGACUCCUCUACUAACUAUGUUGUGGAUCAUCUCUGAGGUUCCUGGCCUCAUGCUAUAGCUGAAUUGACAUACAAUGAGAAUUCAGUGUGUCAUUUUGUUUUUAUGCUGUAGAUAAUGUACUUUAUACAGAUAAUUAGAAUCCUUAUUUAGAGGGGAUUUGAAGCCAUCUGAGCAAAAAUUGUAUGGUUGCGUUUAUUAGAUAUUCUGUCAUGUGUUUCAUGAGAUUGCAGGUGAUCUUUCAACCUGACAACCUGCAUAAGAAGUUGGCUUUGAUAUGGUGAAGUUCCAACGUAGAUACAAAGAUUUUCAGUGAUACUUUCACCUACUUAAUCACAACACAUAAGUUUCUUAAACACUGGUUAGAUAUGACAAAUGUGUUGCCAAAAGCUAUGAACUGUGAAAUGAUGUUAAUGAAGUUAAUACUUGAUAUUUUUGCAUGCUAUACAGCCCCAAGAUGUUUGUUUUGCUCAAGAAUGAAAACAACACCAGUAGGUAUGGGAAACUGAGAAUUAAUUCGUUAGUUUAUCAAUCAAUACUAGUUUCUCUCUUAGACUAUUAAUUUAUCAGCUGAAUAAUCUAUGCAGGAUUUUUUGAGAGAACACAAGAGAGAACAUUUAGCAAAGAUUGGUCAAUGUGGUUGCAGGUUAUGUGGUUCUUCUAGGAUGUGUUUGGUAUAGAAUACAUGUAUGCCUCAAUGUUAUUUCACUGGCAACAAUUUUUCUUACUUGUAGAGUAUCUCAAAAGUUCCUGGCCUCAUGUUAGAGCUGAAUUGAUAUACAAUAAGAAUUUAGGUUGUCAUUUCAUAAAUACGUAAUAGACAAAGUACUCUAUACAGAUAAUUCUCAUGACAGAAGUUUGCAAAUUACAACCUGUUGGAAAAUGAGUCACAAAAUCUUUCAAAGUGCUGUAAACACCCUAAGUUUAUUAUUACUCCUGACAGUAAACCAAGGGAAAGUGCAGUCAACUGCUUAAAUAAUUAGGAAAGGUGUGGGUUUGUCUAUACAAUAAACAACAGAUUUUUGACCAAUCAUAUGGCUCAUGGUAUGCUAUUUAUAAAAUAAUGUAAUUUUAAUAAUGUAAUUUUAAUAAUGUAAUUUAAUUAUAAUAAUGUAAUGUAAUUAUAUAUUCUAUGCAUGCAAAAGCCACCAACACACAAAGCUAGCUGAUUCUUACCAGCUGGUAGAUCAUCAACAAAUCGUUAUCUGCAUAGUUGUUUACUGAUUUAAAUAAUUCAAAGUUGACCAUCUCUUUUCACAGGACUGGUUCUGGUGAAGUUCUUCUUGGAAAAGAUAAUAAACUAGAAAAUAUAAGGUGAUAGAAACAAUCAUGUCACCUUCAGCAGUUAAUGUAUCCCACAUGUUCUUUAUCCUUAUUUUACUAUAGAGGAACUGUUAGCACAAUCAAUUUGUAUCAACGGUUUGCUAGAAAUAAGUUUACUUGAGCAAAAAUUUAGUGGGGUAUGUAAAAGUGAGCGUGUCUUUAUUUGUUGGUGUUUGGAACUUUAUGAGUCAAGUCUGUUAAUGAUGAUUAGUGGGCAAGAACACUUGUACAUAGCAAAACGCGUUUUAAAAAUUAUUUCACUCGCGUCAUAAAAAGGGUAAAGUAUUCCUCUUAAAGUUUAUUUUUGAUCGGAGUUUGUAUUUUUCUUUAGUGACGGUAUGCAAGAUGAUCGCGUCAUGGAUCCUGAGAAAAGUGAAAAAAGUUUGUAUGGACUGGCAGCAGGCUAUAGUGGAGAAUUGUCGCAGGAUGAAGAUUCUCUAAUAACAUCCCAAGAGAAUUCUUUUAUUCGCAAUGAGAACAAUCCACAAGGGAACUUGUCAUCGUCAUUGUCCACAUCUUUUCUGGCAUGUAGAAAUGAAAAAUCAGGUGCAUUAGAUCAUUUGUUGGACAAAACAGAUCUAUUACUUGAAAAACCUGAACAGAUAUCAAAUGAACCUGACCUCCUACAGUGUCAUUCUCCUAAAUCGCAAAGGAGAGCGCAAGAUUCUAACAAGAGUGAGAGAAAUUUUUCCUCUGAGGGUGAAAGGAAGCUGGACUUUGUUAGGAAAUCACUGAACAGUGACACAGUAAUUCAAUCUGUCCAAGCUGUGUUCCAGGAAUGGUGCACACAUUCUACCUUUGAAUAUCUGGGACUCGCUGUAAAACCAAAAGUCGCGAGCGCCCCACCAGAGGCGAAAGACAAAGGUAAGCAUUUUUCUUGAUUAUUAGAUUUUAAUCUUUUCUUGAUUAUUAGACGGCAAGUUUAGGGUUGCUCUGACUCUAGAGUCGGUAGGCUAUGAGGGAAUCAAGAUCGAGGCAAUUAUUGGCUGCAAAUUUGGAAGAAAGCCAAGAUGUGGUGAAUUAGAAACCGACUGAUCUUUGUGCCACAGGAGUGAACCAUGUAAGUGUAGUCAUUUUAUUUAAUUAGUUUAAUUUGUUUGGGACUUGUGAAGGGACACAUUUAACCUCGACUUUGUCGAUGAAAGCUUGUGAAUGAAAACUUGUCUAAGAAAUCUUUUGAGGGAAAACUUGUUUGGCAAAUCUUUUUGAGGAAAGCUUGUCAGGUAGAACUUGUCCUGGAAAUAUUUUCGAGGUAAAGUUGUCCAAUAAAACUUGUCUUUGAAAUCCUUUAAAAGAAAACGUAAGUGAAACUCCGGCUUUGUUGAACCAUCUAGACCCAGAAUCCUUCACGACCAGGGCUAUUCAGUUCUUCCAAGCUGCCUUGAAUGACAGUGAAGAUUCAGACUUAGAAGCAGAUACUGAACUGGGUCCGAAAAUAACCAAAGAAAAUAUAGUGAUAAAAGAAAACAAACCUGCAAAUGAGGUAACUAUACAGUUAUCAUUAAUUAAAAAAAAGAGACAUUUUCUAAGGGGCUUGGUCAUGGAUUAGUACAUUUUACUCUAUUGAAAGUAAAUUUAUUGAUUGUUAUGAAAAUACUUCUUCGUCUUUUCAACCUUCGCUGGUUGAAAACCAUAGUUAAGAAUGUAAUUUAAUAUAAGCUCUUUUAUGGAAACUGGUAACGGUGUAAAAGUGUAUCUUUAAUUUCUUGUACUCCAAACUCAGUCAAAGUGAAAUCAGCAUGGUGGAUUUGACGAUUUUGACGAAUUUUCGCCAUUUUCGUUACUGUAUGCUUUUCACGGCAUAUCUCAAGUUAACACUGUAUUAACACUUUACUUGAUUGUUGUAGGAUAGAAUUUGUAUUCUGCCUCCUAUCGACUCAAAAUCACAAGUUACCAUCAGAAGACGAAUUGUCUUGGAUAGAUUGUUUCGAACGUAAGUGUGACUGUCCAAUUAUGAUUUAAGUCAAAGUAUAACCUGUUAUCUUCACACAUAAAAAUCGCACCUUACUACUUCCAAAAAAAAAGCAUUAAAGUGGAAUGAUUUAAUUGUCAUUGGUGUUCAUAUACUACAUAGAAUAGUACAUGGUCACUUAGAGAUAGGAAAUAUGUCUUCUCGUGUUGAAAAAUAUUUCGCGAGUGAGCGAUAUUUUUGAAGAGAAAUUUCUUAUCUCCGUGCGGCAAUGUAAUAUCCACUACAUAUUUAUUGGUGUUUUUAACAAAAUAAUCAAUUUACUCGUGCUUGUUGUUUAUGAGAUGAUUUAGUAGCGAACUCGGCCUAUCUAUCAUCCCACCAACGCGUGCUCGUGUAACGAUUGUUAAUAAGAGAGCAAUCUUCAAUUGGGUAUCGAAAGUGAUCCUUGGCAUUUCUUCAGUCAGCUUUGUUAGUUUGCCUAGAAAACUUGUGCCACCUGCUCACCUAAUGAGAUUCUACCAACCUUGAGCCAAUUGUGACUUGAUAACUCGCGCUUUCCUACUCUUUAGGCCAUUUCCGAGUAUCAUCUCUGAGUUCCCAUUGGCUGUUUGUGAUAUUUAUAUUCGCACUGAUUGGUUGUUGUGAUUACCAUGGUAUUGUUGUUACGGGACUCCAUCGGAAAGCGCUUUGGCAAGGUUACAUUCAUUUGCUGAUUCAAUUGCAUGAAAUAGUCUUGCUUCUGUCCCUAGCAUGCCAGAUUUGUUGAGUGAAAUCAAGUUAACUGUGGGGGAAGUAUCACGUGACGUCACUCAGCUGGUUCACACCUUUAGGUCAGUGGAAGUAGUCCUGAUGUGAAUUUCAGUGCUCACAGUGACAACUUUAAUGGUUAUUGUGUCAAGGUUAAAAUUAUUAUUAUUAAUUGCCUUACAAUGAAGAGCCACGUUGAACUCGACUAAAGCGAGCGGACGUUAAUUUUCAACUUACAGUUGUUAAUCAGUGAUUGUACAAUAAAACAAUGGUUACACAAUAUGUUAAUUUGUUUAUUUAUACAUGUGUUUAUUUAUUGUAGUCUUGACAGUAAAAACAUCACCCUGAAGCCUCUGCAGUGGAGAAUUCUCUCCUUGGCGUUGAUUCUUAUGUGGGUAUAUUUUUUCUCUUUAUUGGAGUAAUACACUAAAUAACCUUAAGUUGCCGGUUUUCGCUGUCACGCUAUCAUUAAAACCAACCGAAAAAAAAAUCAAGAAUCAAAGAGAUAAACGAAGAUGAAUAUUCAAACAGUCUCGCAACGAUUCAGAUCUCGUGCUGGAGAUAAUUGAAGACGUUAUUUACUCAUAUUUAUAAGGCGCCAUGUCUGUGUGCCGGAAGCUAACAAAAACAUAUAUCAUCGAGUUUUGUCGUCUUCUGAGGACUCACAAACAUUUCUAUGGGUCCUUAUUCUCAUACAAGAAUUGAUCAGAUGCAAAAUCUCAGCGGAUAACUCACUUUUUUUAACCUACGUGAUUGCAUUCUUGGCUGUCAUUUUAAUAUCGUGUCAAUUUGUGAAAAGAUAAGUCUUCAGCUGUUCUAUGAACUAACUGUACUAAAAUCUCAAAAGGAUUGAUAAAUCCUAAUUUUUUUAAUUUUGAUGACGUUACUUGAAAACUAGGUAUAGCCCAUGCCAGCUUUAGAAGUCAUUUCCUUGAUACCUCUUUAUAUUGGGGCAAGUUACGAGUUGAAAAUUACCUUGAGAUCCUCGGUUUUACUGAGUAGAAAGAUGGUGAUUUAGGUCAGUACAAGACACGAAGAUAUACAUGCUAAUUGCUGGAUUGAAAUUACGUGAAUCGUGAAUCGCCUUUCUUUCACCAACUUUUUGGCUUCUCAAAUUUUCUGUCUACAAUUGUUUUCUUAGUUUUCUUUGCAGAAAUUAAAUGUUGACGGUUGACAAUUUGUUACAUUUUUGACAGACUGGAGAGGAAGAACUCCCAUAUAGCACAAGCAUUGGAGUCUUCUAAGAAGGACUUCGAAGUUUACCUCGCUCGUUUGGAAAUGACGCGGAAAGAUAUUGAACUUGUUUUUUCGCCGUUAUUUGAAAGGCAACGUUGUCGAGAUUUCAGUAGUGAGGUAGAAAGCAAUGAAGCAGUCGAGACAUGUGAAUCUAGAGAGGAAAAUCGCAAAGUUUACGCUAAUGAAAGAGAAGGUUAUGGCGACAUGGAAGAAUUGGAUUAAACGAGAUACAAGAUGCUGGAUUUCGGGAAACUCGUUUGAUUGUGGACGAAGUAGACUUGAAUAACAGACACCCAGAUUGAGAGGAGCGGUUCAAAAUUUUUUUUAAGAGGCAUUUAAUCAAAACAAUGAUUCUCGCAGGUGGACUGCAAUUUCAGCAAUUUCAGAAAAGAGGCCUGAGGAAAAAUCAGGCCUCGACGGAAUUCGAACCCAUGUCUUCCACGUACCCUUUGGACGCAACUAGGGAAAGCCCGGCAAAUUUCAGAUUUUAAAGAGACUUAUAUUAAAGGAAUCCACCUUUUAGUAGUAUUUUUAUGGGUUUGGGUGACUUUAAAAUCUACCUUAUUUUCAUUCCAAAAAACUAAUUAUUAAAAAUGUCAC